CACCGCGUGCCGUGGAACGGCCCGUGGCUGCCAGCACAGAAGACCAGGGACCAGCGAGCUAGCCGGACGUGUGCCCCUGCAGCUGUAGCCGCACAGGUCCGUGGAACGCCGCCGGUCGCGGACCCCCUUUGACGCCCCGUCGACACCCACCGGUUCCGGACACCGCCACCAUGAGUGCCUCGACGACCGAGGUGAACGUGACCACCACGACCAUCACGCGGGCCACGUCCAAGGCCGAGCUGGUGGACGAGAACCCGGACCUGGCCGCGGAAUGCGUGCAGCACAUCUGCGCCGACGGCAGCAAGCCCGUCGACCCGCAGCCGCUGCCGCAACCGCUACUCUCAAAUUACGAGCCUAUGCUCAACAAGUUGACGCCGGAGACAUGCCGCAAGGAGCAGCUGCUGCCGGGCCCGCCCACCGAGCGCGUGUUCGACCGCGACGAGUCCGGCUCGGUGACGGUGGACGUGCGCAAGACGCUGGACGAGGAGAACGUCGACAACGACAAGCUCUACCAGCACAAGCUCGAGGGCAGCGAGGUGCGAAAGCUGCAGGAGAACCAGGCGCUCAAGGAGGCCUUCCAGGAGGCCAACACCUUCGACAACCUGCUCAUGCAGAAGACCCUGGCCAAGGGACAGGUCACCAAGAAGCGCACCCUGGUCGAGACCGCGUCCGCCAAGCGCGUCACCACGCGGCGCGAGAACGAGGCUGCCAAGCUGGACAGCGUCGGCUGCACGCUCAAGCGCAACGUCGAGGAAGUGGGCAACGCCGAGGAGAACGUCGAGAAGUCCGAGAAGCAGCAGGAGAACAUCGAGAAGGUCACCUGCACCACCCAAAAGGCGCCCUCUGGCCAGUGAGGCGGUGAACAAGCGACCUGCGGCUUCACCCGCCCAGUAAAGAAAGCAGCUGACAGAAGAUUCGACUUCGCUGGACCUAGAUCGACCCGAGGCUUCGCGAAAUUGUCGGCAAAGCCCCCGAGACAGACAAAUCGUCGAGCUGUGGGGUCGCCUACCACGCACGCUAGGCAGCCCGCAUCGUGGUACGAGAGGACACGAUUUGGGGCCACCUUGCCAGCUGGUGUCGACGUCCAUUCCAAAUUGGCCACUGCGGGGGGGCUACGGGAGAGCGUCGGAAACGAAUAAAUGGCGUCCCUGGUC